AUGGGGGUGUUUAAAGCCCUGGUUCUACUGCAGUUAGUGUAUCUAAGCACAUGUAUGGAACAAUUAGACAUCAUAUAUGAAUGGAAUCAAUUAGAUUUCGAGUUUCCUUCGCCUGAGACUCGUCAGCAGGCCAUAGACAAUGGCAGCUUCAUACCGGAGAACAACAUACCGAUGGGCCUGGAGGUGUUCGGAGAUCGGCUGUUUAUAACAGUCCCACGCUGGAGAAACGGAGUUCCCGCCAGCUUGACAUAUGUCAACUUGAAAGACAACUCGACGAAGUCGCCUAAAUUGAUCCCGUAUCCAAAUUGGGAGGCUCAUAACUUCGUGGAUGGUAAACCUGCCAUCAUCUCUCCGUUCAGGGUGAGAGCUGACAGAUGCGGUCGUCUUUGGGUGUUAGAUAAUGGAAAAAUUGGCAGCCUCGAGACUAAUGUGACUAAAUUCACACCAUCUAUAUCCAUUUAUGAUCUGAAGACGGAUAAUCUAUUGAGGAAGUACGUCUUCCCUGAGGACCAAGUGAAGGAAGAAUCAGGGUUCGCGAACAUCGCUGUAGAAGAUAUAGAUUGUGAUAAAACCUAUGCUUACGCUGGAGACGUGGGGAAGGCAGGUAUCGUGGUAUAUUCGUGGGAGAAGAACGAUUCCUGGAGGAUCACUCAUCAUUUCUUCAAUCCUGAUCCUCUCGCCUGUGAUUUCAGUGUCAAAGGCUAUAACUUCAGCUGGACGGACGCCAUCUUCGGCAUCGGCAUAUCCGCGCCCAACGCUGACAAUUUCAGCACGAUAUACUUCCACCCAAUGGCUAGUAACAACGAGUUUUCCGUCUCUACUGAGUACUUGAGGAACAAGACGGUCGCUGAACAGAAUUUUGACGCCUUCAAAGUCCUUGGCAGUAGAGGACCGAAUGCACAAUCCAGUGCAUCUUUUGUAGACCCGAAGACUGGAGUAUUGUUCUAUUCUCUUGUAAAUCUGAACGCCGUAGCCUGCUGGAGAACUACCAACAAGGAAUACCUGAUGAAGAACCAAGGAAGAAUAUACAUGGAUGACAUCAAAAUGAUCUAUCCAACGGACAUUAAGGUUGAUUACGAUGAAAAUCUCUGGGUUUUAUCGAAUCGUAUGCCUAUAUGGAUGUACGCUAAACUGGACAGUAAUGAUACAAACUUUAGAGUUUUCUCAGCUCCUGUAUUAAAGGCUAUCAGUCAUACAGCUUGUGACGUCACUCCUAGAUCAGACAUCCUAGAUAAAUUCGUCAAUAAAGUGAAAAACGUCACCAAAAACAUAUCCUCCAAGUUGAACCCAAGCUCAAGCACGAUCGUGGCGCCAUCUUCAUUAAUAUCUCUUAUAGUUCUGACCGUAUUAAGUUUGUUCGUGUGA